AUCUUUGCAUUCCCAGGUGCCAAGGCCAACCAUCAGAAGAUGAGAAUUGUUUGUCUGCUUGUCCUUUAGCAGCUUGGAGUGCAUGGGUCCCAGGUCAAUGCAUGGGACCCGAUAUAUCGUGCUCGCCUGGGACCCGUACCGAAACACGAACAUGUAGGAGUCGAGGGAAUGUCGUUGGUGACGUUUUCUGCGCAGGAGGAACUGCAGCUUCAACCAGGCAAACAAACUGUCAGGAAGACUUGUGCGCGUCGUACUCGGCGUUCACGUUCACCUCGUGUACCAAUGUGUGCAGAGCGGGCACCAGGAGUGGUGUCAGGAGUUGUAUCACAUCAGGGAAUGUCCCUGCAGGAUGUUUAACAAAACAAGAAUCUUGUUUCGAUGAAGUCGCGUGUGUACCAUCAUGGAGUGAUUGGUCACCAUGGGGGGCGUGUGGGGGGGCGGAAUGUACGACUGCAACAAGAACGAGGACGAGGACAUGUCCCGAUGCCUUGCCGACCAAACCGUGCCAAGGCCAACCAUCAGAAGAUGAGAAUUGUUUGUCUGCUUGUCCUUCAGCAGCUUGGAGUGCAUGGGUCCCAGGUCAAUGCAUGGGACCCGAUAUAUCGUGCUCGCCUGGGACCCGUACCGAAACACGAACAUGUAGGAGUCGAGGGAAUGUCGUUGGUGACGUUUUCUGCGCAGGAGGAACUGCAGCUUCAACCAGGCAAACAAACUGUCAGGAAGAUUUAUGCACGUCGUACUCGGCGUUCACGUUCACCUCGUGCACCAAUGUGUGCAGGUCGGGCACCAGGAGUGGUGUCAGGAGUUGUAUCACAUCAGGGAAUGUCCCUGCUGGAUGUUUAACAAAACAAGAAUCUUGUUUCGAUGAAGUCGCAUGUGGGACCAUCGACCUAAUGUUUGUAUUGGAUGGCAUGCAGUCAGUGACAUCACAAAACUUUAUUGUCAUCAAGAACUGGAUGCAAAGUUUUAUUCCGAGGCUGAAUUUACAAGAUGAAAAAAUCAGAUUUGGCUUGACGCGCUAUACCGGCAGUGUGGUCACUGAUAUCGAGUCAGGGGAAUCCCAGAAUCUACCACAGAUCAACAAUGUUAUUUCCUUGCUUCCUUUCACGACCCAAUCCACGAAAACCACGCUGUCAAUUACUUCAACAAUCAACAACAACUUUAACUCAGCCGGAGGUCGAUUCCCGGCAUCCAGGAGGUUGGUGGUCGUUGUCACCGAUGGACUCGCUCAAGAAACAAUGAGCGAUGUCAACACAUUGGUACAACUCGCGCAAACAAACAAAGUUGAAAUAAUUUCUGUUGCUGUUGGUCCGUUUGCCAACCUUGCUACUCUUGGAGUAAUAACCGGAGAUCCAACGUUCGGAAAUAUAUUUCAAGCUCGUACUUUUAACCUAAAUUCAAUUUCAACCCCUCUGUUCAACAAACUGUUUAACCCAUGAAACUGUUGGCUUCAUUUGUUUGGAUCUAAUUUAUCAUUUGCACAAAUUCUUUGUUAGUUUCAUUGUUUUGUUACUUGUUUUAUAUUUGAAUAUACUGAACUGUUCAAAUACACGAAAGGUUUUUAUGGUAUAAUGGAGGCACAAUGGUGGCAGCAUCCAGUCUUAAGAAAUAAUUGGUUUUUGAUUUGUUCUGUUGGGUUACAACUAUGUAGACGUAGUGUUAGAUUUUGACGGGCAAUUUGGAUUCUGUUUUUAUUUCGUCUUCAUAAUAAAGAACGAUGAUCCGACAGCU